UGGAUAUUUGUUCUGACUUUCAGUGAGGAAGCGAGAAGUUCUCUGGGAUAAAGAGGGAGACUGAACUCGGAUGAGGCCAUUCUGGGCCCGAGACAAGAUGGCCGUCAGGGAAGGGACACAGUCUGGCUUUGGCCUGCGGUUCCAUGCAGAGCUUGAGCAAGGAGUCCCCCAGCAGAUCAAAAUGGAGGAGGAGGAUACCUCGGAUUCCACCUCGGGGGAAGGGUUGGAAGAAACCCCUUACAUCAUCCAGGCUGGAAGCAUCCGCAAAUUCCUGCAGAGGCCUCCCGGAGACCAGGAAACUGGCAACGGGCUGCUUUGGGAAAGCCAGUGGCAGGACUUUCUGAAGACCCUGGAAUACCCACCACAGAUCCUGGAGGAACCCACCCCGUGGGACAACAGCAAGUCUUUCCUGGCCUCCUUUGAGCAAGUGGCAGAAGCGUGCCGGUGGCCCCGAGAUGACUGGAUGGUCCAUCUUCUGCCAGCCCUCAGCGGGGAAGCUGAGCAGAUCUUCAGCAACCUGGACACCAGAGACAGGAUUAACUACGACAAGGUCAAGGCGGCCAUCUUGCGUGGGGACGCCAUCAUCAGGGAGAGGCAGCGCCAGAACUUCCGCCGCUUCUGCUACCAGGAGGCCGAGGGGCCAAGAGGCGUUUACGGGCGGCUCCAGCAGCUGUGCGGUCAGUGGCUGAAGGCGGAGAGGCACUCCAAGGAGCAGAUCCUGGAGCUGCUGAUCCUGGAGCAGUUCCUGAGCAUCCUGCCGCCCGAGAUGCAGAGCUGGGUUGGGGAACAUGGGCCGGAGACCUGCUCCCAGGCGGUGGCCCUGGCCGAGGACUUCCUGCAGAGGGCACAUGCUGGAGAGAGUUGGGAAGAGCAGGAGUUGGGAACAAUUGAAGAGGUCGCUCUGGAUUUCUCUGAGGAAGAAGAGACCCCACUGAAUGGGGAGCAGAGCCCUGGUUACACAGAGGCUAAUAGGGAGGAUGACGACAGCGACGCCACCUCACUAGGUGAAGAUUGGGUGAGUGCCACAGAGACGGAGACACCCCAGUCAGAAGGAUUUUAUCAAGCCUACCCAAACGGGACUCCGAAUGGAAGGAGAGAAGAAAGCAAGGCUUCAUGUUUUCAUGAGCAGGAAGAGCACCGUCCUGAGAGGAAAGAGGAAAAUGGCCCACCAGAGAGAGCAGAAACAUGUGUGAUUUGGGAGGGUGAUGAACUCCUUGAGGAAAGCAGGGAAGCACAGGGGAUCCACAUGCCAAAGAAGAAGGGCAUGUUCAAGGUUGAUGGAUGGCGCUUCAGGCAGAGGACAGACCCUAUUAAACGUGAGAGAACCAACACAGUGGAGCAGCCCUACAAAUGCUCUGAUGGUGGGAAAAGCUUCAAGGUGAUCUCUCACUGCAUUUCUCGUAAAAGAAGACAUGGGGAAAGGAAGCAACACAGGUGCCCGGACUGUGGGAAAUCCUUCAUUGGCAAAGCACACCUUAUCAAUCAUCAGAGAACCCACACUGGAGAGAAGCCGUUCAAGUGCCUGGCCUGUGGGAAGACUUUUGCCCAGAGUUCCAACCUCAGUGUCCAUGAGAGAAUCCACACAGGAGUGAAGCCGUUCCAGUGCUCUGACUGUGGGAAAAACUUCUGUUCCAGCGCCAACCUUACCAAACACCAGAGCACCCAUGUGAAGGGGGCCCCAUAUAAAUGUUUAGUGUGUGGGAAGAGCUUCAAGGUGCACUCUCACUUUAUCACCCACAAAAGAAUCCACGCAGGAAGGAAAUCGCACACAUGCUCAGACUGUGGGAAGAACUUCCCUGCUGCAUCACACCUCAUAAUUCAUCGGCGAGUUCAUACUGGAGAGAGACCCUAUAAAUGUGUGGAAUGUGGGAAAGCCUUUAUUCAGAAGGCUCACCUUAAGGUCCACCAACGAACGCACAAAAGAGGAAAAUCAUUCCAGUGUUCUGAGUGUGGAGAAAACUUCAGUUCCAGGAUCAGCCUUAUCCAACAUCAAAUAAUCCACCCUGGAGUGAGCCCCUAUAAAUGCUAUGAAUGUGGGAAAACCUUCAGGGUGAAUUCCCACCUUAUUGCUCACAAGAGGAACCACGCAGCCAAGAAACCCCAUAAGUGUUCAUACUGUGGGAAAUCCUUCUUUACCAAAUCGUACUUUAUCAUCCAUCAGAGAAUCCACACAGGAGAGAGACCGUUCAAAUGCUUGGCCUGCGGGAAAGGUUUUAGCCAGAUUUCGCACCUUAAUGUUCAUAAACGAACCCACAUUGGGGUGAAGACAUUCCAGUGCUCUGACUGUGGGAAAAGUUUCAGUUCGAGCACAAACCUUAUUAAGCAUCAGAGCAUCCACACAAGAGGAAACCUCUAUAUAUGCUCUGACUGUGGGAAAAGCUUCAAAGGCCAUUCCCACCUUAUUGCUCACAAGAGAAUCCACACAGCCAAGAGGACCCACAAGUGUUCGUACUGCGGGAAGUCCUUCUUUGGCAAAUCAUACCUCAUGACCCACCAGAGAAUCCACACGGGAGAGAGGCCAUACAAAUGUUUGGCCUGUGGGAAAAGCUUCAGGCAGAGCUCCCACCUUACCGCUCAUCAAAGGACUCACAAAGGAAAAAAGUCAUUAUGUUGCUCAGACUGUGGGAAAAGCUUCCGGGUCAGCUCUCACCUUAUCGCACACAAGAGGAUUCAUGAGGCAAAGAAAGCCCAUAAGUGUUCCUACUGCAACAAAUCCUUCAUUUUCAAGUCCUACCUUAUCAUACACGAGAGAAUGCACACGGGAGAGAGACCCUACAAAUGUUUGGUUUGUGGCAAAAGCUUCAGUCAGAAUUCACACCUUACUGUUCAUCAGAGAACUCAUGUGGGGAAGAAACCAUCCAGGAAAGGCUUUAGGGUGAGCUCCCAGCUUAUUGCCCAUAAGAGAAUCCACACAACAAAGAAGCUGCACAACAACAAUAACAACAACAACAAUAACAACAACAACAACAACGGGAAUAGUACUAAGUGUUUGGAUUGUGGGAAAUCUUUCAUAUCCAAAUCAUAUCUGCUCAUCCAUCAGAGAAUACACACAGGAGAGAGACCCUACAAGUGCACGGUCUGUGGGAAAUGUUUCAGCCAGAGCUCUCAUCUGACAGUCCACCAGAGAACCCACAAGGGAGAGAAGUUGUUCCCAUGUUCAGAUUGUGAGGAGAAAUUCAGUUCCAGGAUGAAGCUUCUUAAGCAUCAGAGAAUCCACAUGAAGGGGAAUCCAUUUAAAUGCUUGGACUGUGGGAAAUCUUUUGUCACCAAAUCGCAGCUUGUGGUACACCAGAGAAGCCACACUGGGGAGAGGCCGUAUAAAUGUUUGGACUGUGGGAAAGGGUUCAGCCAGAGCUCAAACCUCAUUAGGCACCAGAGGAUUCAUUCGGGGGAGAACCCCUAUAAAUGCUCAGACUGUGGGAAAAGCUUCUGUUCAGGUGAGAACCUUAUUAAGCAUCAGAGAAUCCACACUUAAGGAAGCAAGAUCCUGAAUUAUGUGCCCAUACACUUUGAGAAGGCCAUAAAAGUGUAUGGACUUAAACAACAGUGGGUUUUAUUAGUCAGUAGGUGGUGGCGAGGAAAAUAUAUUUGGCAAAACACCAUGCUGCAGACAGCUUUUUUGGUCAUUAUUCAAAAAUUUGCUGUUCACCAGUGAAGCCAUGGAGGAAUCAGCUGAGGUAAAUGCUUUAGACAAAGGGAAGCAUCCCUUGUGAGCUCAGAUCUUUCUGUCGAGAAGGCGGAACUUGAAUCUGCAUCAGGUUUUGAACUCAGGACAUAUGGGAUGCGAGGGUGAUUCGACAGCUGCAUCUUCAUCCUCUUCUGGCCAAAAUAGGGCAUUUUAAGGAAAACUGCCCAAACUUAUAAGGAUGAGCAACAGUGGGUCAAGUGAUGGUGUUUCUAGACAACUCUAAAAGAUUCCAGGUCGCCCUCAGUAAGUUGUUCUGCUUGUGACAGAUUGCCCUGGCUCAUCUUUUGCACCCUCCUUCAUCAACCUAACAGGAGCAGAAUCAGAAUCCUAGACUGGGUGGAGUGGAGUGGGGUCUCAUUGAAGCUGCCUUUCAGAUUAUUUGUCCAUCCAGCCCUUUAUUUUCUAUUCUGAUUGGCUUCAGCUUUCCAAGAUCUCGGGAGGAUAAAGACUUUCCCAUCGCUUAUGAACAGAAGAACCCAAGAAUAGUCACUUGCUACUUGAGGCCAUUUUUUAAAACAAAACAAAACA